UUGAUGCGCAUGUGUUUAUACAUAUUGGGAUGUGAAGACAAUGUGUCAGCUUUACACGCGUGUUGUUGAUGGUCACAUGCACCAGUGAUGGAAUAUAGCAUCAGAGGAAGCCUGUACAGAGCAAAGCCCACUGGCCAGUUUUUACACGAAAGCAAGGGAACGUCAAGCUGAAUGCAGUGCUCAUCGGGCAGCCACUCUCCCUGGCCAUCCUCCUCCCUCUCCUCUCCUCCUCCUUCACCGUGGUAAUCCUUGCUGACACAACGCACAAAGGACUAAAUGCUGGCUGCAUCCUCCAGCAUCACCCCUGAUCUGUUCCCAGAAACAACCCUGGUGCCAUCCCUGCCUGCAGUACCAUCCGCGCGAUCCAGCUCUGCAACCAAGAAGCUCCGGAGGCGCAGCAGCGGCGGAAGAGACACUGCUGCCAGGCCCCGGCUUUUGCCCUCAGCCUGUAGGCCAGGCCCCAACAGAGGCAGCAUGGAGGUGGGCAUGCGUGUGGUGCGAGGCCUGGACUGGAAGUGGGGAAACCAAGAUGAUGGUGAGGGGCAUGUGGGCACUGUGGUGGAGAUCGGGCGCCAGGGCAGCACUACCACCCCAGAUAAGACUGUGGUAGUACAGUGGGACAGUGGUACACGAACCAAUUACCGUACUGGCUACCAGGGUGCUUAUGACCUGCUGCUUUAUGACAAUGCUCAAAUUGGGGUGCGCCACUCUAAUAUCAUCUGUGACAGCUGCAAGAAGCAUGGCAUCAUGGGAAUGCGAUGGAAGUGCAAAGUGUGCUUCGACUAUGACCUGUGUACCCAGUGUUACAUGAACAACAAGCACGACCUCAGCCAUGCUUUUGAACGUUAUGAAACAGCACACUCCCAGCCAGUGAGUUUGACACCGAGGCAGAACCUCCCACGGAUCAUCCUCAAAGGAAUAUUUCAGGGGGUUAAAGUCGUUCGUGGACCAGACUGGGACUGGGGCAACCAAGACGGUGGGGAGGGUAAAGUUGGGAAAGUAGUGGAUAUUCGUGGCUGGGAUACAGAGUCUGGACGCAGCGUGGCUAGUGUCACUUGGUCGAAUGGCACCACCAAUGUCUACCGAAUGGGCCACAAAGGCAAAGUUGACCUCAAGUAUGUGUCAGAUGGCCAAGGAGGCUUCUAUUACAAAGAUCAUCUACCUAAGCUCGGAGAGCAUGCAGAGCUGCAACGGCAGGAAAGUGCUGAUGGCCACUCCUUUCAGCAGGGUGAUAAAGUCAAAUGUCUCUUGGAAGUGGACAUCCUGCGGCAGAUGCAGGAGGGCCACGGAGGAUGGAACCCAAAAAUGGCAGAGUACAUUUGCCGGAUCGGGACUGUUCAUAGGAUCACUGAUCGAGGAGAUGUCCGAGUCCAGUACAGCAACAACAUCCGCUGGACUUUCCAUCCGGGGGCACUCACCAAGGUGAACACCUUUGGUGUUGGUGACCUUGUGAGAGUAUUGGACGAGAUGGAAACUGUGAAGAGACUGCAGGCUGGCCAUGGGGAGUGGACAGACAGCAUGACUCCUGUGCUUGGCCAGGUCGGGAAGGUGUUAAAAGUGUAUGCAGAUGGUGAUUUACGGGUGGCAUUUGGAGGCCAGACUUGGACAUUCAACCCAGCAUGCCUUUCUGCCCAGCCUGCAGAGGUGGAUGCCAACCUCAUGACAGCUGAGAACCCCAACGAAUCUGGAAGUACUGUCAUCUCAGUGUUGGAGAAGCUGCUGUCUCAGUCUACAGAACAGGACAAUCCCUGCCGGCUGGUCAUAGAGGCUGCACACGGCAGUGCCAACAAAGUACGAGAGCUGGUGCAGAAGUAUCCUGACAAGGUGGAUAUCAAGAACCAGGGCAAGACUGCACUGCAGGUUGCUGCUCACCAAGGCCACAUGGAGGUGGUGAAAGCCCUGCUGCAGGCCAACAGCUCAGUCGAGGUCAAGGAUGAUGAUGGAGACACAGCACUGCAUUACACUGCCUUUGGAAAUCAGGCAGAAAUUGCACGGCUGCUGUUGAGCAAGGGGGCAAAUGUCAACCUCCUGAACAACUCCAUGUGUACGGCACUCCACAUCGCUGUCAACAAGGGCUUCACUGACGUUGUGCGAGUGCUGAGUGAACACUCCGCUGACGUCAAUCUCCAGGAUUCAUACGGCGACACGCCCCUACAUGACGCCAUUGCUAAAGAUUUCCGCAAUAUCAUCGAGAUCCUCGUCAUUGUGCCCAACAUUGACUUCACCCAGCAGAACCACAGAGGCUUCAACCUUCUCCACCAUGCUGCCCUCAAAGGGAACAAACUGGCCACAGAAAAGAUUCUGGCCCGAGCGCGACAGCUGGUGGAUGUUAAAAAGGAAGACGGCUUCUCUGCACUUCACCUGGCUGCUCUCAACAACCACAGAGACGUUGCUGAGGUCCUCAUCAAGGAGGGACGUUGUGACGUCAACAUCCGCAACAACCGGAACCAGACUCCGCUGCAGCUGGCUGUAACACAGGGCCACACAGACCUGGUGCAGCUGCUUGUGGACGAGGGCGCUGAUGUCAACAUGGAGGAUGAGGAUGGUGACACUGCCAUGCAUGUGGCCCUCCUUCGCCCGCAGCUGGCCAACGUUAUACUCAGUCCAUCGGGGGGAACCAGCAGCACUGAGGAGAUCAGCGAUGGGUGCUCGUCCACGUCGCUCUACUCCAGGCUGAACUCUUCGGGUCUUCUGGGGAAUAACGAACUAAGCGUUGGCACAGCUUUUGCCUGUUUUCUAGCACAGGAAGGUGCUGACAUCAACUAUGCCAACCACAAGGGGAAGAGUCCUUUGGACCUGGUGGCAGACAGCACCAUGCUGCAGCUCAUCAAGGGCUUUUCUGAGAAGCAUAGGUUGCAGCGCCUGCAGGCCAUCACUUGUGGGCAGGGCCUGAGCAGUGCCAGCAUGCGGCGGGUCCACACGACUCCCAACACCAUGACCAAUCUGGUUCUUCCCACACCGCCUGGGCCCAGCGAAUGCCUCAUUUGCUCCGAGCUGGCUCUGCUGGUUCUCUUCUGCCCCUGCCAGCACAGUGUGGCUUGUGAAGAAUGUGCUCAUCGUAUGAAGAAAUGCAUCAAAUGCCAGGUCACAAUUACCAAGAAAAUCAGACAAGACCAAACAGAGGUGGACUGUAGCCCUGGCACUGAGAACUCGGAGCAGCACAACCUGCUGGAGCAGCUGCAGUCUCGCUACCGCCAGAUGGAGGAGCGAAUCACCUGCCCCAUCUGCAUCGACAACCACAUCAAGCUGGUCUUCCAGUGCGGACACGCCUCCUGCAUUGACUGCAGCGCCGCGCUCAAGACCUGCCCGAUCUGCAGGCAGACCAUCCGUGAGCGGAUCCAGCUUUUUGUUUGAUCCUCUGUCCUCUCAGCUUUUAACGACCCAAAGAGGAUGUAGGAAGGGGCUGCAGGGAGGUGAAAGUGGGGCUGGGAGAAGGGGGCAGCUGUUACCUUAGACAGCCCCAUAUCUGCCCGUCACCCCCGCCUGCACCCAACCCUCCCAAGCUCGAACAUUCACUCAGCCCUUAGGUUGCUUUUCUGCGAGAUGCUGUGUUACAUUGCCGAAGACCCGCUGUUUGUUACAUUUUGGUUAGUUUCCCUCUUGUGCAGCGCAGACACUUGGAUUUUAUUUCUAGUGUCAGAACUGAUGCUUUGCUGAGCCUGAAAGGAAUCAGACAUGGCAAAGCUGUGAGGUGACGCUGCCACUUUGAAUCC